GGACCGGGGCGCGGGCGCGUGGAAACCGCGGCGGCGUGGAGCAUGCGCAGUGGCGGUCGGGCACCGCCCCGGGCGGGGGCGUCCGCGCAAGGUCACGUGGUUGCUGUCAAAUCCUGAGCGCGGGCGCCCAGCGCCUCGCGGCGGAGUGCCGUUACCCGUGACACAGCGGCGCCGGUCUCGCUUGUGAUUGGUUAGAAGCCCUGAAGACUUUUCGCUGCUAUUGGCUGGCGGCCGGCUUGGGGCGGUACCGGUCGCGAGAGCGGCGGGUAGGAAGAGAAGGUUGGCGGAGAGGGCGUGGCCCGAGUGGCGGUUGUGGGCGGGGCGUGUGGUGAUGCGGUCGCCCGCGGCAGCCAAUGAGCGCGUCCGGGAGGCGAGUUUGAAUCCGCGGAGCGAGCGGUGGAUGCAGAGCGGAGCGGUAGCCAUGAGGAAGAGUGAGGUGCUGGCGGCCGAGGCCGUGUCGUGCCUGAACCGAGCCAUGGCGGCGCUGCGGGACAUCUGGGAGGAGAUCGGCAUCCCCGAGGAGCAGCGCCUGGAGCGCACCGAGGUCGUCAAGAAGCACAUCAAGAGUCUUCUGGACAUGAUGGUUGCAGAGGAGGAGAGCCUGAAGGAGCGCCUCUUGAAGAGCAUUGCCCUGUGUCGGAAGGAGCUUGACACCCUCUGCAGGGAGCUCCAGCUGGACCCCUUUGAGGCAGAGGAAGAAAGUACUAUUCUGCAGAUGGAGAAGAAUUUGCGCACCCGCGUGGAAGUGAUGUUAAAGCAGAAAAGGGACAGGAAGCAGGAGCUCAAAACCCUGCAAGAACAAGAUCGAGACUUGUGUGACAUCCUCUGCACAACCCCGUUCUGCAUUGACAGCACUGCCGUGCCCAGCCUGGAGGACCUGGAUCGUUACAGGCGCCACUUGGCCUCCCUGACCGCUGAGAAGGAGCAAAGGCGAGAAGAGUUUGUCAGCAGCAAGCGGCAAAUCAUCCUCCUCAUGGAGGAGCUGGACCACACUCCAGACACAAGCUUUGAGCGGGAUGUGGUGUGCGAGGACGAGGAAGCCUUCUGUUUGUCCAUGGACAACAUUGCUGCCCUCCAGAAUCUGCUGCAGCAGCUGGAAGCCCGGCGAUCCCUGAAUGAAGCUGUGUGCACAGAACUGCGCUCCAAAAUCGUUGCGCUUUGGGAAAGGCUGCAGAUUCCUGUGGAGGAGAGAGAGUCUUCUGCAGUGCACAUGACUGGGUCCAGAGCCAAAACCAGGAAAGCUCUGCAGUUGGAAGUGGACCGUCUGGAGGAGCUGAAGCUGCAGAACAUGAAAUCUGUGAUUCAGGCAAUCCGGGCAGAGCUGGCUGACUACUGGGACAAAUGCUUCUACAGUCAGGAGCAAAGGGAAGGCUUCAGCCCCUAUUACGAUGAGGACUAUACAGAGACCCUGCUUGAGCUCCAUGACGCUGAGGUGGGGAAGAUGAAGAGCUACUAUGAAACACACAAAGAUCUGUUUGAGGCUGUCCAGAAGUGGGAGGAGAACUGGAAGCUGUUUCUGGAGCUGGAGAGGAAAGCAACUGACCCCAGUCGCUUUGCCAACCGUGGGGGGAAUCUGCUGAAAGAAGAGAAGCAGCGUGCAAAGCUGCAGAAGACACUUUCAAAGCUGCAGGAGGAGCUGGAGAGCAGGGUCCAGGCCUGGAAGCAGGAGCACGAGGGGGCCUUCCUGGUGAAGGGGCAGCAGUUCAUGGAGUACGUGAUGGAGCAGUGGCAGCUAUACCGCCUGGAGAAAGAGAAGGAGAAGCAGGAGCGGCACCUGAAGAAAAGCCGCCAGAUUGAGGCAGAGAUGAUGUAUGGAAGCACCCCACGGACACCCAUCAAGCGCCGGGUGCUUGGCCCCCACACGCCUGGCAAAGUAAGGAAGCUCAAUGGCACUUCCAUCUCCAGCGCCACACCCAACAGCACCGUUCGUUCAGCUUUUGGGGGAACCAUCUACCACUCACCAACGUCUCGGUUGCCACCUGCUGGAGGGAAGUUUGGCCAGGCUCGGACCCCCAUCCGUGCAGUUGCAAAGCCCCCCCGUCCUGGAUACAGGGAACGGAACAAGGAGAAUGUGUCCCAGCUGAAUGGAACCACCCUGAGCGGUGGGUGCACCCCCACAGCCCCUGCCCAGCGUAACCACAGCGUUAAUUCUGUUGCCAGCACCUAUUCUGAGUUUGCGCGCGAACUUUCAAAGGCUUCCAGGUCUGACAGUACUUCCCGCAUCCUGAACUCCACCACCACCAAUGCCUUCUGCUGAGCUGCUGCCUGCCAGGCUCCAGCUGCUCGUAGUCGUAGUGAGUCACCGCUCGGGCAGAGUGUUAUACAGCUCUCCCUGUGCCCAAAGCGUCCCAUGCUCUAGGUUUAAAUUUUACCUGGGUCCCGGGCGUUACUCCGGCCAGCCUGGCUCUCUGUGGGGCAGGGGGGG